AUGACUCUGUCCACGGUUUGUGAUAAGAAGUCAAAUCCAGAAAUCGACCCUUCGCAGCCCAUUAUUGUCAAUGACGAUGUCUUCGGGGAACUCACUGAGAAUGGGCCCAACUAUCGCAAUGUGGGCUUUGUCGGCACCGUCAUUCUCAUGAUGAAGACCCAGAUUGGCCUGGGUGUGCUGGCCAUUCCCUCGGCCUUAGAUACCCUGGGAAUGGUUCCCGGCUUGAUCUGUUUGCUCGCGUUCGCCAUGAUCACCACUUGGUCCGGUUAUGUUGUUGGGACCUUCAAGCUGCAGCACCGCGAGGUGUAUAGUUUGGAUGAUGCCGGUGCUAUUAUGCUGGGCUUGCCAGGACGGGCUAUUCUAGCAGCCAGCUUCUGCCUUUUUAGUGGCUCGGCCAUCCUGGGCCUCUCGGUCGGGCUGAAUGCCGUCUCCUCGCAUGCCACCUGCACGGCUGUCUUUGUCGCGGUUGCAGCAAUUGUUGGAUUUGCCUGUAGCAGCAUCCGGACCCUCGGGAAAAUCACCUGGCUGGCCUGGAUUGGCUUGCCGUGCAUUCUCACCGCUGUAUUGAUCGUGACCAUUGCCGUGGGCGUUGAAGAUCGCCCAGCGGGGGCACCAGCAGCAACUACCGGCCCCUGGUCCUCGAAUUGGAAGGCAUUCGGGAGUCCCUCGUUUUCUGAUGGUAUCGCCGCCGUUUCAAACCUGUUAUUCGCCUUUUCUGGUACACCAGGCUUUUUCUCCAUUGUAUCCGAGAUGCGAGAUCCUCAACAGUACACAGCCGCCAUGGUGACUUGUCAGGCGGCGGUGACAGCUGUCUAUGCAAUCAUCGGCUGCGUGAUCUACUAUUACUGUGGCAGUUAUGUUGCCUCGCCCGCUCUCGGAUCGGCGGGCGGCAUCAUCAAGAUCAUCAGUUAUGCUUUCGCCUUGCCUGGACUCAUGGUCACCAUGACCAUCGUCACACAUAUUCCUGCGAAAUCCAUCUUUGUGCAUGCCCUACGCGGGUCUCGGCAUCUUACUACCAGCACUCCCACCCAUUGGAUUAGUUGGUUGAGCUGUACCUUUGGGAUUACUCUCGUGGCGUGGAUUAUUGCGAGCACAAUUCCGAACUUCGAUGCCCUGGUUUCGCUGAUCGGCGCUUUGCUAGGUCCGCUGAUCUGCAUCAUCCCUAUGGCGGCAAUGUGGCUCCACGAUAACUGGGGCAGAGGCACCGAGGGACACCAAAGGACCGUUCGCUGGAUGCUUGGAGUGAUCUGGACCCUGGUCCUGAUCAUUCUUGGGGCCUUCCUCAUUGUGGCAGGAACGUAUGGUUCGGUGAAGAUGAUCAUGAGCUCCUACCGUGAGGACGGGGGCUCGGCAGCUUUCUCCUGUGCCGACAACUCGAAUUCGUCAUAA